GAAGACCAGGGGAAAGGCCCAAGCAAUGCCUUGCCAUAGGCAAAGGGGGAGGAUGCCACCAUCCCUGAGGAAAAGUCCCAAGAGCAGCCAUUCCUAAGCCCCAAGAGCGGCCAAGUCGCAGGAGGAGAGGCGAGAAGAACAAGAAUAAGAAAAGUCUUUAUGGGAACAUCCACCUCCUUCCGGUCUCCUGAGUCUGCCAUCUUCUAGCCAAGGAAGGCGCACCGCCAUGCCUAAGGAAAACGCCCUGGCCGUCGGUAUCGACCUGGGCACCACCUACUCCUGCGUGGCCGUCUGCCACCAUGACAAAGUCGAAAUCAUCGCCAACGACCAAGGCAACCGGACCACCCCCAGCUAUGUUGCCUUCACCAACAGAGAGCAUCUCGUGGGGGACCCCGCCAAGAGCCAGGCGUCUCUCAACCCCCAGAACACCAUCUUCGAUGCGAAGAGGCUGAUCGGCCGGAAGUACCAGGAUGCUGCCGUCCAAGAAGAUAUGAAGCACUGGCCCUUCACCGUGGUCAGCCACGAGGACAAGCUCAAGAUCCAAGUGGUCCACAAAGGAAAAGUAAGGUCCUUUUACCCGGAGGAGAUCUCAGCCAUGGUCUUGGCCAGGAUGAAGCAAAUAGCGGAGGCUUACCUGGGCUGCUCUGUCUCCCAAGCCAUCGUCACGGUCCCAGCCUACUUCAACGAUGCCCAGCGCCAGGCCACCAUCGAUGCAGGCGCCAUUGCAGGGCUCCACAUCCUGAAGAUCCUCAACGAACCCACUGCCGCCGCCAUCGCCUAUGGACUGGACCUCAGGAACCAGGAUGGGGGGACCCGGAAUAUCCUCAUUUUCGACCUGGGAGGUGGCACCUUUGAUGUCUCCAUCCUCUCUGCCGAAGACAGCAUUUUUGAAGUGAAGGCCACGGCUGGCAACACUCACCUGGGCGGGCAGGAUUUUGACAAGAGGUUGGUGGCUUACCUGGCCGACGAGUUCAAGAAGAAGCACAAGAGAGACCUGCACCAGGACAAGAAGGCCAUGCAGCGGCUGAAGACGGCCGCCGAGAGGGCCAAGUGCAUCCUUAGCUCUUGCACCAGCGCCAGCAUCUCUGUGGAUUCCCUUUACCAUGGGAUAGACUUCCACACGACCGUCACCCGGGCGCGUUUUGAGGACCUUUGUUCGGACCUCUUCCGGGCCACCCUGAAACCCCUGGAGAGGGCCUUGAAAGACGCCCGAAUGAAUAAAGGCGAAAUCAUGGACAUUGUAUUGGUCGGAGGCUCCACUCGGAUACCCAAGAUCCAAAAACUUCUGAAGGAAUACUUCAACGGAAAGGAGCUGUGCAAAGGCAUCAACCCCGAUGAGGCGGUGGCCUAUGGGGCGGCCAUCCAGGCUGCCAUCUUGACCGGCAACCGGACACCAAAGAUGCAGAACCUGUUCCUCCUAGACGUCACCCCCCUAUCUUUGGGAAUCAACACUCAAGGCGGGGUGAUGGCCACCAUCAUCAAACGCAACUCCCCCGUCCCGACGAAGGAGACGAUGGAGUUCACCACCACUGAAGACGACCAAGACACCAUCUUGUUCAUGGUCUACGAGGGAGAGAGGGCUCUGACCAAACACAACCACCUCCUGGGCACCUUCACCUUGAAUGGGAUCCCACUGGCACCUUGCGGGGUCCCGGUAGUCACCGUCACCUUCUCCAUUGACGAGAACAACAUCCUGACCGUCUCCGCCAAGGAUGUCGAGACAGGAAACACCAGCCAUCUCACCAUUUCCGACACCCGAGGGCGCCUGGGCAAAGAGGAGAUCGAGAAGAUCGUCCAGGCGGCGGAGGAGUUCAGGAUGAACGACCAAACCCAGCAGGAGAAGAUCGAAGCCAUGAACUCCUUGGAGUCCUGCACCUUGGAGCUGAAGCGGGUGGCGGAGGAGCAAGUCCUGGACAUCCAAGCCAAGCGGAGGAUGCUGGAGAUGUGUGAAAGCGCCUCCUCCUGGCUGGAAGGGAACCCACUGGCGGAGAAGGAGGAGUGUGAGCAGCGGCAGAAGGACCUGGAGCAAGCCUGGGACUCCAUAUGCGGCUCCAUCGCCCAAAGCGAGAACGCGGAAGGAGCGAUGCUGGCGGAAGACCAAGAGGACCACACUGCGGGAGCGGAUGGAGCCAAGGUAGAGACUCAAGCUGAGAAUGAGAUGCAAUAAAACCACUGGACUGCUAGAAUGCAUUGUACCACCUAUGGGGCUCAUUAAA